UUCGAUUUUCAAAAUGGCGUGCCAAGUGUGAGAGGCAAGGCAUGGACUCGUCACUCGCCGUCGUCGUCGCGACAUCCGGUGUUACUCUGUUGUUGAUUGCUCAGUCGCGAGCACGUGUACGGUGCCGCUCGCGUUAAGUUGCCCUCGUGGAGGAGUAGUUAUGCCAUCGAUCGCGCGCACGGCGUAGGACGUAGGGAUAAUCACUUCUUCCAUACAUUUUUCUUUUUCUUCUUUUUUCCCUUUCUUUUUUUUUCGUUUUCGCUCCUUGAUGGAAAUCCCGAUGGAAAUCUUCCUAACGGCAUUCUCCGUGGUAUUCAGUUUAUUAAUAGUGUUCCUCCUUGUUGUGAUAGGUUGGUACUUAGUUUGGACGUUCUUCCUAUCACGGUUCCGCUUUGUGAGAGAGUUAACAGGGAAUGGAAUGAGUGAAUCGUCGUCGGUUAACGAUUUGAGGAAUGGUCGCGCACGCAUAAAGAAACUUCGUCGUGACUAAAUAUUGGACAAUAUAU